GGACCCUUCUGGUUUAUGGGAUUGUCUUUUUCCCUUUUUCCCCUCAGGAACGGCGUGAAUGUUGAGGGGGCGACACACAAGCAGGUGGUGGACCUGAUCCGAGCAGGCGAGAAGGAAUUGAUCUUGACAGUGUUAUCUGUACCUCCUCAUGAGGCAGAUAACCUAGACCCCAGUGACGACUCGUUGGGACAAUCAUUUUAUGAUUACACAGAAAAGCAAGCAGUGCCCAUAUCGGUCCCCACAUACAAACAUGUGGAGCAGAAUGGUGAGAAGUUUGUGGUAUACAACGUUUACAUGGCCGGGAGGCAGCUGUGCUCCAAGCGGUACCGGGAGUUUGCCAUCCUGCACCAGAACCUGAAGAGAGAGUUCGCCAACUUCACGUUUCCCCGACUUCCAGGGAAGUGGCCUUUCUCCUUAUCAGAACAGCAGUUAGAUGCGCGACGCCGCGGGCUGGAAGAAUACCUGGAAAAGGUGUGCUCAAUACGAGUCAUUGGUGAGAGCGACAUCAUGCAGGAAUUCCUGUCGGAAUCGGACGAGAACUACAACGGCGUGUCGGACGUAGAGCUGAGAGUCGCGCUGCCAGACGGGACGGCAGUUACGGUCAGGGUUAAAAAGAACAGCACUACAGACCAGGUGUACCAGGCGAUUGCAGCAAAGGUCGGCAUGGACAGCAUGACGGUGAAUUACUUUGCCUUAUUCGAAGUGAUCAACCAUUCCUUCGUGCGUAAGCUGGCACCGAACGAAUUUCCUCAUAAACUCUACGUCCAGAAUUACACAUCAGCUGUGCCAGGCACCUGUCUGACCAUUCGAAAGUGGCUCUUUACAACAGAAGAAGAAAUCCUCUUAAAUGACAAUGACCUUGCUGUUACCUACUUCUUUCAUCAGGCUGUUGAUGAUGUGAAAAAAGGUUACAUCAAAGCAGAGGAAAAGUCCUACCAGUUACAGAAGCUGUAUGAGCAAAGGAAAAUGGUCAUGUACCUCAACAUGCUACGAACCUGUGAGGGCUACAACGAAAUCAUCUUCCCCCACUGUGCCUGCGACUCCAGGAGGAAGGGGCACGUUAUCACCGCCAUCAGCAUCACGCACUUUAAACUGCACGCCUGCACCGAAGAGGGCCAGCUGGAGAACCAGGUAAUAGCAUUCGAGUGGGAUGAGAUGCAGCGGUGGGACACAGAUGAAGAAGGAAUGGCCUUCUGUUUUGAAUAUGCACGAGGGGAGAAGAAGCCUCGAUGGGUUAAAAUCUUCACACCAUAUUUCAAUUACAUGCACGAAUGCUUUGAGAGGGUGUUCUGUGAGCUCAAAUGGAGAAAAGAGAACAUUUUCCAGACGGCAAGGUCACAGCAGAGGGACGUGGCCACCUAGCCUUUCCUCACCCCCCCCUUCACCUUCAUCCUCUUCCCUUUCCGUGUCCCAUGUCAGACAGAGUAACCAUUAACACAGAAGACGAGAAAAAGGAAAAGUCAUUAUAUUCAAAAGCCCCAACUAAAUAUUAUUAAUAA